AUGAUGCAGAGGAAGCUUGCGCUGCUGGUUGGCGUCACCACGUUUACCUUCCUCCUGAUGCUGAGGUUGGAGCAUGUGAUACACCUGGUGAACCUGAUGAGAAGCGAAAGACCCUCAGCUGAGCCUGAACUGUGGACAGAACCCACACUGCAGUCACGGCAAUGUGCGCCCCCCGACACCAUCACCCCCAUCCCAGGCUCAAAAAACCUCAUGAUGUCUGCCUUUAAGGACCACAGACUGGGUGGGGCCAUCCGGGUCAUCAGCAUCAUCCGCAGGAAAAAGCGGCUGCCGCUCUACUGUGUCCUGUGUGCCAAUGAUGACGCUUACGUUAAUGCUAAUUGUAGUACUAGCACUGAUGCUAAGGAUCUGAGUCGGUGCACCACUUCACAGGCAAAAGUUGAUGGGCACGUAGACCACUUUGGCUAUCCUUUUCAGACUUCAGAUGUGUUUUGCACGAGUCCAUCAUCACAGCAAGCCACACAUGUUAGUAUAACAAGUGACGAAACCGCCAUUCACAAUUUGACAUUUUUACGAAUCCAAAACCAGGAGGUCAAAGACUCAUUUAGGUACAACUUCACCAUAUGCAUAUCCAACCUAUUUGGGAAGUACAAUAAUGCUCUCCAGAUUGUGCAGAACAUGGAGAUGUACAAGUUACUCGGGGUUCAGAGGGUUGUCAUCUACAACACCAGCUGUGGCCCAGAUGUUGAGAAAGUUCUUACGUAUUACAGGAGAGAGGGUAUGCUGGAAGUUGUGCCUUGGCCUAUAGACAGGUUUCUAAGGCCCUCUGCUGGGUUUAAGCCUGGCAGGCACCCUGGGGACAUCCACUAUUACGGACAGCUGACCACUCUGAAUGAAUGCAUAUACAGAUACAUGUACCAAUCAAAGUAUCUCCUGCUGCAUGAUCUUGACGAGAUCAUUAUGCCUUACAAACAUGGCAACCUAAACAAGCUAAUGGACUCACUGCAGUUAAACCAUCCCAAGACAGGAGUUUUCACAAUCACUAACUCUGUCUUCCCUACCACGAAGUUCGAUAAGAGCAGCCGAUUUCAUCUGCCUCAGUGGAACAGCGUGCCUGGUGUGAACAUCCUGGAGCACAUCUACCAACAGCCGGCCAGGGUGGAUAAUCCUCUCAAGAUGAUUAUCAACCCACGGAGAGUGGAGCAGACAUCUGUCCACACUACACUGAAGCAGGUCGGACGUGUUGUCAAGAUCCCAUUUAACAUAUGCCGGAUUAUCCACAUCAGGCACCCACAUCGAACAUCCAAAAUCCGACCGCAUGUGAACAAGAAACUCUGGGAGUUUGCAGAAAUAUUAAUUCCCAGAAUUGAUCAAGUUCUGGAGGAAUCAGGCCUGACAACUGGGAAUCCUGCCCCCACCCCUCCCAUGACAUGA